UUUUUUUCGCCAAGUAAUAUUUUCUCACUUCAUUCAGUCUUUUCAAGAACAGUCCAAACAAUCCCUCCUGAGUGCACUGGCGCAGACUCGACUAAAGACUCGCGCAUAGUGAAGUCGUCUCGAUAGUUUGUGGAAUGGCCAGAAAUUUAGGAUUUCUGGUUCUAAUACUAGCGGUAGCAUUGAUCUGUGAUGCCGCGCUCUUCCAUCCGAUCUCAGAGUCUCACCGAUCUGCCGCUCUAGAGCUCUUCACGCCCGUCGAUGGAUCCUUCCGAAGCUUAGAAGAAACAUAUGAGGCUUUAAGAAUGUUCGAAAUUCUCGGAAUUGAGGAAAAGCCUGAUGUAAGGGCUUCCACUUGCCCAUCUGUGGUGGAUGCUCUUGGGUCAUCGUCUUCAAGUUUGAAGGAUUUGUUACAUGCUUUGAGAGUUAAUGGGCUAUUAAAUUGCCAGAUCAAUGAGGAAAUUUUUGCGGGCAUCGCUUCGAGACUUAAAGCAUCUGUCAAUGAUGCAAGUUCGCUGCUUGACUAUUACUACUCAAUAGGAAGUUUGGUGCUCAUCAAGGACCAAUCUUCUGAAGUUGAUGUACUUCUUGGAGAUGCUGAAGAAAUUUUCCGAUCCAUAAAGGCUCUCAGUCAGAGUGAUGGAAGAUGGCGCUAUAGUUUUAAUAACCCUGGGUCUAGUACUUAUGCUGCUGGAAUAGCUCUUGAAGCACUUGCUGGAGUUGUUUCAUUAACAUCUAAUGAGAUUGAUCACUCUCUGAUUUCUACGCUACAAAAUGAUAUAGUGAAGCUUUUUGACAGUAUUGAGAAAUAUGAUGAUGGGGCCUAUUAUUUUGAUGAGAAACUUGUUGAUACACAAGAACAUCAGGGUCCUCUUUCAGCUACAUCGUCUGUAGUUCGCGGGCUUACAGCUUUUGCAGCUUCUACUUCUGAAACUUUAAAUCUUUGGCAAAAUUUGCAGCUUCCAGGGAACAAAAUACUGGGUUUGGCAAAGUUUUUGCUUGGCAUUGGAAUUCCUGGCGAUGCCAAAGACUUGUAUCACCAAGUUGAUGCAUUAGCUUGCUUGGAAAACAAUAGGGUGACCAUUCCAUUGAUUUUAUCACUUCCAUCUACUGUGCUUUCGAUGACUGCAAAAGACCAGCUGAAGGUUAGAGUAAAUACUGUGCUGGGAUCUAACGCGCCUCCUUUAUCAGUAAAACUCACGCAAGUUUCAAGUUCUAGUUCAAAGGAUGUUUCUAUUAUUGAGAGCCAGGAUCUUGGGUUUGAUCCUGAACAAGCUGUUCAUUUCUUGGAUGCUUUGCCGGAUAGUGUUGAUGUUGGGAAUUAUGUUUUUGUUUUUGAGAUUGUGCUUCAUGAUCCAGAACACAAGAAAAUAUAUGCUACUGGAGGCAGAACAAGAGUAACAAUAUAUGUUACGGGUGUUAUCAGAAUUGACAGCGCAGAAAUUGCUGUACUUGACAGUGAUCUUGGGAGUGUAGAAACUCAAAAGAAGCUAGAUUUAGCUGGAGAGGGUGAUCUUUCUUUAUUUGCAAACCACCUUCAGAAGCUGCAUUUAUCCUUCCAAUUGACCACUCCACUUGGACACGCAUUUAAGCCACAUCAGGCAUUCCUGAAGUUGAGGCACGAGACCAAAGUUGAGCACAUAUUUGUCCUGGUGAACUCUGGGAAACAGUUCGAGAUAUUACUCGAUUUUCUUGGGUUGGUUGAGAAGUUCUUCUAUCUCUCGGGUAGAUAUGAUAUUCAGCUUACAGUUGGUGAUGCUGUCAUGGAGAAUUCUUUCUUACAAGAGCUGGGCCAUGUUGAAUUAGAUCUCCCAGAACCACCUGAGAAGGCGGCCCGCCCUCCUCUGCAAUCUGUUGAUCCUUACUCAAGAUAUGGAGCCAAAGCUGAGAUAACCCACAUCUUCAGGGUUGCAGAAAAGCUUCCACCUCAAGAGCUCUCUCUUACAUUCCUGGGCCUUAUUUUCUUGCCCUUCAUUGGCUUCUUGGUUGGGCUAUUGCGUCUUGGCAUGAACCUGAAGAGCUUCCCCACAUCAACAGUCCCUGCCGUAUUUGCCAUCCUUUUCCAUUUUGGAAUUGCAGCGGUUCUCUCUCUAUACGUUCUUUUCUGGUUGAAGUUGGAUCUAUUUACGACAUUGAAAGCACUUGGAAUAUUGGGGAUCUUCUUAAUGUUUGUGGGACACAGGACCCUUUCCCACCUCGCCUCAACAUCAGCCAAGUUGAAAUCUGCCUGAUUUAAGAGAAUUGAGGAAACACCUUGCUUAAAGAGACAUAUAGUGGGUUUACAACAUUUUGAUUCAAUUUUGUUGUAGGACAAUUCGAGUAAACUAUGUAACAGUUAAUGUUUUUAGUACUCUAAUUGUUAAAGAAAAGCUGCAUCCAUGUUCUCUUA